GGAGUAAAACCCCAAAGGGAAGGAUCUAUAGGAUGGCCCCUGCCGAGUUAGAUGAACUUCGGAAGCAACUCAAGGAGCUGACAGAGAAGGGAUGGAUUCGGCCUAGUACUUCCCCUUACGGAUAUCCCGUGCUAUUCGUACCAAAGAAGGGGGCUACUUUGAGGAUGUGCAUUGAUUAUAGGGGCCUCAAUGCCAUCACUGUGAAAAACGAGGAGCCUCUACCUCGCAUAGACAACCUAUUGGAUAGGGUGCAGGGAUGCAAGUACUAUACAAAGAUAGACUUGAAAUCCGGACAUCACCAGAUCGCAAUAAGGCUGAAGGACCAACACAAGACAGCUUUUCAGACUAGAUAUGUUCUGUAUGAGUUUGUAGUGAUGCCUUUCGGUCUUUGUAAUGCGCCCGGUACAUUCCAGCACGCUAUGAAUUGGAUCUUCCAUGACCAUUUAGAUAAGUUUGUCGUGGUCUACUUAGACGACAUCCUGAUCUUUAGUAAGUCUGUCGAGGAGCACGCAAAGCAUGUUGUGACAGUUCUCUCACUCCUACGACAUCACAAGCAUAAGGUCAACUUAGAGAAGUGUGAAUUCGGUCGCACUAAGAUACUAUACUUGGGUCACGAAGUAUCCGCGGAGGGAAUUAGGCCGGAGGAUGGGAAGGUCGCUAGUAUUCGAGACUGGCCACAACCUCAGACAGUCACUGAGGUCAGAUCAUUCUUAGGAAUGUGCGGCUACUAUAGGAACUUCGUUAAGAACUAUUCUACAAUCGCCUCUCCUUUGACUGAUCUAACUCGACUUGACACACCGUGGGACUGGAGUGAUGAGUGCGAGGGUGCUUUCAAGAGAUUGAAGCAUGCGCUCAUGAAUCAUGAAGUUCUCAUGGUUCCCGAUCCGCAGAAGCCAUUCAUAGUGACCACUGACGCAAGCCAAUACAGCAUUGGCGCAGUGCUGGCUCAACAGGAUGGGAAAAAGUUGAGACCGAUUGAGUACAUGAGUAAGAAGAUGCCAUCGAAGAAGUUGGCUAAGUCCACCUACGAACGGGAACUCUAUGCUCUCUACAAGGCACUUGUCCAUUGGAGACAGUUCCUUUUGGGAAGGUUCUUCUAUCUGAGGACUGAUCAUCAGACCCUCAAAUGGAUCAAGACUCAACCGACUCUUUUUGAUGCACUCAAGCGAUGGAUUGAAGUCAUAGAUCAAUACGACUUCAAGCUUGAGUACUUGAAGGGAGGGUACAACAAGGUUGCGGACGCGCUAUCUCGUAGAGCAGACUACCUAGGUGCGCUAGUUUCUGACUUUGGCGUAUCUCAUGAAGUAACUCAAUCAUUGGUCGGAGCCUAUCAGGAAGACCCUGUCACGAUGGACAUCAUCCGCAAACUCCAGGCAAAAGACAAGGCCACAGAAAGUGAGUUUGUGAUGGUGGACGGGCUACUCUACCUUGAAUGCCAUGACGCAACUGGGCACUUUGGCUACAAGAAGACGAGUGCUAACUUAGUACAGCGAUUUUGGUGGCCCAGAAUGUUAGAUGACGCGAGAAAGUAUGUUGAGACCUGUCAGGUCUGUCAGCGGGACAAGCUGCGAACUCAAGCGCCGCUUGGGUUGUUGAAACCUUUACCUAUUCCUGAUGGUCUAGGACUGAGUGUUUCCAUGGAUUUCAUGGACACCCUAGUGACCAGCAAGAGUGGUAAGAGGCACAUAUUCGUCAUCAUUGACAGAUUCACCAAGUACGUUAGACUAAUACCGAUGCCAGAAACAGCCAGGACGGAAUAUGUUAUCGAGUUGUUCAAAGACAACUGGGCAAGGGACUUUGGUUUACCAAAGACUAUCAUUAGUGACCGAGACGUCCGAUUCACAAGUGAGCUGUGGAAGAAGACUGCAGAACAGAUGGGCAGUCCACUUCAGAUGACUUCAGGGAAUCAUCCCGAAGCCAACAAACAAGCCGAGCAAAUGAAUAGAGUUGUACAGCACUUGCUGAGGCACUACAUCAAGCCGAGCCAGGAWGACUGGGAUGAGCAGUUACCUCUCAUCGCCAGCCUGUACAACAAUGCUAUACAUAGCAGUACCGGCGUCAGUCCGAAUCAGCUGCACUUGGGAUGGAAGCCUAGAUCAGCGCUAGACUUCCUCCUACAUAAAAACCGACCCGCAGCAACUCCCGGCACACUAGAGUAUGGUGUGCAGUAUGAGAAGUUGCUGCAGGAGGCUGUCGAGCAUAUGAAGAAAGCUCAGCAAGCGAUGAUCGCUUUUGAGAAUCAACAUCGCAGACAGUCCACAUUUCAGGUAGGGGAACGAGUCUGGGUCAAGGCUAGCGAGUUAGGACAAGAGUUCGGAAUCUCUCGCAAACUAAUGCCGCAGUACUUUGGUCCCUGGGAAGUCCUAGAUGUAGUGGGAGAAGAGUUGGAUGGUCCCACAUAUGUCAUUCGUGUCCCUGGGCAUCUACGCACUCACCCAGUCUUUCAUGUCUCAAAGCUUGCACCUUUCGCUGAGACUGAUCAAUUCCCUUCCAGGAGAUCAAUGCUGCCCCCAACCAUGGAUGGACAAGUGGACAUCGACGACAUUGUGGAUCACAGGGACAUGCCUAUUGCGAAGCCGCUGGGUCGAGGAAGACCUCCUAAACCCAAGAGAGAGUACCGUGUAAGAUUCAGGCAUCACACGGAUCCCAAAGAAGAUCGGUGGUUUACCAGGGAGGAACUGGUUGAGACAGCUCCUCAGGUGGUGGCAGAUUAUGAAUGGAAGCUAAAAGGGAAGGCACCUGUGAAGUAAGCAUCUCAACGGACUUUCGAAGCUAAGGGGGAUGGAAUGUGAGGAAUGAGCCCUCAAGAAGGGGCCUUGCCAUGAUGUACAUGUUCUGGGCUAAGGCCCCAGCAAGCCUCGUGCCCGCCCUAAGUGAAGGCGGGCCAGCAAAUCAACAAUAGCCCUCUGU